GUAUUAAAGCUUUCUUGUGUCAAGUCAACAACAUUUGAAAGCGCUUCAACCCGUCGACAAUAUCACAUGAUACUGCAGUCGUUGAAAUACGCAACGUUCCCACCACAAUAGAGAAAUCACAACACAAUGUACUGCUGGUCACCUAGCUCCGCGGUUCAUCAAACCGCUUUUAUUUCACCACCUCCAUCAAAUCGACCAUUUCAAUACGAUCUGCUCAUGACCCAGCGUCAACCGUGUUAUUUUCAGAAUCAACCGAUGUUUCCAGCCAGGCGAACUCCGGGCCGUUCAACGACAAUGGAAUACUCUGCGUGCGCCAAGGCUCCCAUAAACUUGGGCCUCGGAAGCUUGGCGUCGCAGUCGAGGUUGGACGAGCCUCUCGUUUAUCAAGAUCCCAGUCCAGAGGUUCUUAACGCUCUUCCAGUUUACUUCAGAGUAAAGCCCACGUUACGUACACCAAGCGGCAAACGUUGCCGCAAGUCGAGAACAGUCUUCACUGAAAUGCAACUGAAAGUUUUGGAGAAAACGUUUGCGGAGCAGCGAUAUUUGGACACGACAAGCCGGGCGAAACUCGCGCAAAGCCUCGCGCUAAACGAAACGCAAAUUAAGACUUGGUUUCAGAAUAGGCGAAUGAAGCAUAAAAAAGAGAGUAAGACUGGUAACGAGGAGAAGGAAUUGAGCCCACAAGCAAGCUGUGGUGUGGAGGGAAAAUAGAGUGGAACAAUGAAGGGACACGUCAGUGCACUUUAUUCUUAGCCUGGAUAACGAAGGCUCAAGAUUUUUUACAACAAAAACCUAUUUAUUAAAAAAAGUCAAGCUUGAGUAGACGAAUUUUACUGGGUAUAUUUCAGAAGUUAUAGUAGACCAAGCACAUUAGGCUGUUUUUGUUCAGAAUUCAUACGUAUGAACCAUUUAAAUGAACAGCAAGCGGUUAACAAAUUUGUCUGAUGCUGUUUGAGAGGAUUUGCGAAGUAAGAUCCUGACGAUCCUCAGAACCGAGCUAGGAUCUACUAUUGUACAUAAAUCAGUGACAAUUGCGCGUGCGUGAAGUGGACUUAGAACCACAAAUACGAUAUACAACUCUGAAGACGAGACUCUUUGUGACAAAGAUAACUAAACAUGGCGAGACGGAAGAUGUUUGAGUGAACGCAUGCAAGACUGAGCUCAGGAUAUAUUAUCACAUUGACAUCCAAGGAGACAGAAAUAUCGUAUAUACCUGUACAUAAAGGCCCGUCAGUUACACUUGCAAUUUUUACCGCCUUUUUUCUUGUAAACUAUGAACGAGUGAUUUGAUUAUAUACCAAAAAGUUGCACCUAUGUUGCAGUGAAAAUUGCAAGUGUUAAUUUGUUUUGAUCGCGGUCCAAUCCUUCAUAUUGCCUGUAUAAGUUGUGUUUAAUAUUUAAGUAGAAAAAAAUUAAUAAUUAUAUAUUGUAAGUUAAAUACUCCGCGAUAUUUUAAUAUAAAGAGUUUCGACUCCGGGAUUAACUCGUUCUCGUUGGCUAGUAAAGAUGGAACGUCGAGACGAUCAUAUCGAAGCAUCCAUAUUCUUCAAAUUCCUGUGU